CUUUUGUCUGUUUCCGCUUUCGCUAUUUCUUUUUCUGUCCUCCGUGGCAUGGCGGACGUGCUUUAACAAGAUCGAGUCGUAGUAUUUUGCAUUUUACAAGUGAAAUCACAGUCGAAAAUGAGUUUGACGGCAUCUCGCCCGCUGGUCAGCAUUUACUCUGACAAAAAUGAAGUUGUGAAGGAUAAGAACAUCUCGUUGCCCUACGUGUUUAAGGCACCGAUUCGGCCCGAUGUUGUGAGCGAAGUUUCGCAGCUGAUGCGUCGCAACAGACGUCAGCCGUAUGCCGUGAGUGAAGCUGCCGGUCACCAGACCUCGGCCGAAUCUUGGGGUACCGGUCGCGCUGUUGCUCGUAUUCCCCGUGUUCGUGGUGGCGGUACCCAUCGUUCCGGCCAGGGUGCGUUCGGUAACAUGUGCCGUGGUGGUCGCAUGUUUGCUCCAACCAAAACCUGGCGCCGUUGGCACCGCAAGAUCAACGUUAACCUAAAGCGGUACGCUUUGGUAUCGGCCAUCGCUGCUUCCGGAGUUCCAGCUCUGGUACAGUCUAGAGGUCACGUUAUCGAUGGUCUUUCGGAGUUGCCACUGGUCGUCUCGGAUGAUAUUCAGAAGUUCCAGAAGACCAAGCAAGCUGUCGUCUUUUUGCGCCGUUCCAAGGUCUGGGCCGAUGUGCAGAAGGUAUACAAAUCGCAGCGUCUCCGUGCCGGUCGCGGUAAAAUGCGCAAUCGUCGCCGUGUUCAGCGUCGUGGUCCUUUGAUCAUCUACUCUAAGGACGAAGGUCUGCGAAAGGCAUUCCGUAACGUUCCCGGCGUUGACACCAUGAAAGUUAGUCGGUUGAAUUUGUUGAAGCUGGCCCCUGGUGGUCAUGUAGGGCGUCUUUGCGUAUGGACCGAAUCGGCCUUUGCUCGAUUGAACGAUAUCUACGGCACCUGGAAAACUAAAUCCACCACCAAGAAGGAUUAUAAUUUGCCGAACCCGAUCAUGGCCAACACCGACCUGGCUCGUCUCCUGAAGAGCGAUGAAAUCCGUAAGGUCUUGAAGCCCGCCAAGAAGACUGUCCACCGUCACGUACGUCGCCUCAACCCACUUACCAACACGGCUCAAUUGGUGAAGUUGAACCCCUACUCCGAGGUGACGAAGCGACGUGCUCUCCUGGCCGCUAAGAAACGCAAGUACGAACGUAUCAUUGCUUCUUUCAAGAAAAGAGGAAUUACGCUGAGCAAGAAUAACAAAGCAUUCAAAUUCCUGGCUUCGGAAAAGAAUCGUGAGAAGCAGAUAACCAAGAACGUGGAAGUGCGCAAACAGAAGAUUGCCACCAAGAAGGCGGAAUCGCAGAAGAAGCGCAUUGCUAAACAGAAGGCACAGGAAAAUGUCAAAUGGACACGCAAAGCAAAGGCACCGGCGAAAGCCAAGAAGUAGACAAGUCGGUAGGAAGAGCGAAGCAAUAGGCUGAAUAGAAAUAGGUCUACCGCUUUUUUGAUUCCCAACUUUCCUGUUUAAAAUAUUAAUAUGUAACAGAAUAAACGCUGAGGAUUGCAUACCUGUGGAACACAAA